AUUCGCUUAUGUUAAAGGAACAUGAUCCUGAACCGACAAUACCCGGCUUGAUCGGCCCGGCUCGGCCCGGCUCGACUCCUUUACCUUUUUACACCCCUGUUGGACCGCUAAAAGCGGAGAUUGGUGCAACACUGAAAAACUCAACUGCAGUUUCUUCGGGGAAAAACAGUAGAAUCUCAAAUGCUUAAACUGUGCUCUAAUGGCGUCCAAUUCCGGACCCAUUUCACUCUCCAUCUCAAACGCGUAUUUCUAUACUCGACAUCUUCACAAACUGACAUAUCCUCCUCUUCCAUGGUGGAUUUCAUGGUUAAAUCUCUGGGUUUUUCAAGGGCUGAAGCAAUUACUUCCUGGAAGAAGGUGAGUAACUCAAAUCACAUUAAAUCCUCUGAAAACCCUAACUUAGUUGUUGAUUUCUUGAAACAAAAGGGAUUUAGCAAUACCCAGAUGAAAAAACUUAUAUCUUCCUUGCCAAUUUUGCUGAAAUGUAGAGUUGAUAGAACCCUAAUUCCCAAAUUCAAUGCUUUAGAAAAAUUGGGUGUUUCUGGUUCUGAUUUGGCUGAUGUUGUUGCUACAAAUUCUUCAAUUCUAAGAAGGGAUUUUACCAAUCGGAUUUUACCCAUGAUUAGCUAUAUGAAAUCAAUUGUGGGUAGUAACAAAAAGUUCUUAAAUCUUUUGAAGAGGUCAUACUGGUUGAUGUCUGUUGAUAUUGCUGCAGGAUUACAGCCCAAUAUAGAGCUAUUUAGAAAGUAUGGUUUUUCUGAUGAAAAAAUUAUGGAUCUUUUAGUCAUACAUGCUGAACUUUUUGGGCAUGAUCCUAAAAGGCUUGAAGAGAUUUUCAAGAAGGUUGAUGAAGAGCUUGGGAUUCCUCCCGAGGCGUCGACGUUUGCUAGUGCAGUUGUGUUGCUUGCUUCCUUGAGUGAGAAAACUCUAGAAACAAAGUGUGAGAUUUUUAAGAGCUUUGGAUGGACUGAUUGUGAUAUCAAGACUAUGAUCAGGAAAGCACCUAGGUGUUUGAAUUUUUCCGAAACCACCAUUCGUGAGCGGUUGAACUUUUUCAUGAAUGAGUUGGGAUGCCAACCAGGCUACGUAGCGGAUCGUUCAUAUGUGAUGACAUAUAGUAUGAAGGAUAGGGUUUUGCCGCGGUAUACCAUAUUACAGGUUUUGAAAGAGAGGAAGCUUUACACUGGUAAAGCAGGGAUUGUAACUGUUGUAUGCAGCUGUGAGUCUCUGUUUUUAAAAAGGUUUGUGCUACCCUAUGAGGAUAAGUUACCUGAGCUCUGUACAGCUUAUAUUUGUAGGGUUAAAGGGACCUCUACUUCUUAGAUGAGGAAUUUUGAGUGAUCAAGACAUAAACGGGAGCUGGCAUUUGUGGUUUGGGAGAUGAAGAUAUACAAUUUACGAGUACAUAAUGUUUCUUGCUUUCGUUCUUCCUAAGUUCAAGUAGAACUAAAUAUAGAUGCUAUUAAGUUAAGAAAGUUUUUGUUCGAGUUUCAAGCUGGGGUUGAUAUUCUAAGAAGCUUUUUGAACACAUUUAUCACUCCAGGGCGAUGAGGUAGUGCUGGAAAUCAUGAAGGAUACUUCCGGCAAAUGGAAUUUGAGGUGGAGUGAAGCUGCAUUCUGGUACUUACUGCUAUUCUCUGAGUUUGGUCGCAACUUGUUGACGGUUAGUUGCCAGUCAACAACAAGACAGUUGUAGUCUUGUUGUAGCAUCUUCAUUAGUUGGGGUGACUAGUACUUUGUGAUAAAGUUGGAAACUGUUCUAAGUAAGCCAUUGUUUAUCUGAGUGAAGCUGCCUACAGGGAAGUUCUCUGCAAUCGCCAUGAGAGAGUUUGUUACUUGAUCAAUUUUUUUCCUUCCUUUAUUAUGUACUCAGGCUCAGUUUUGUUGUUUAGUACUUUGUUCCUUAUUGUCAUUUUGAGAGUUUGUGUUGUUGUUUACUGCAGGACUUGUGUGUUUGACAUUGUAGAAAUUCUAUAUGGUCGUUAUCCUUCAGUAGAUAAGCGCAGCUGGUCGAGCUUCUGAACAGUGGCGGCAUCCUUGUCACCACGUCCACUGCAGUUAACUACAACCUUGGUGCCAUGAGGUAGAUUAGGGCACAGUUUUUCAAGGGCAGCCAAUGCAUGCGAGGCUUCUAAUGCCGGGAAAAUUCCUUCUAAUCUGCACAACCUCUUGUAUGCUGCAAGGGCCUCUUCGUCUGUGACUGCAUGGAACUCGGCUCGCCCGUUGUCCUUGAGGUAGCUGAGCUCUGGUCCAACCCCCGGACACUCUAACCUGCAAAGUUCAUGUAAGUAAGUCACAAUUUAGAUGUUUUAAAGCUUUGUAGUUUGUAGUUUGUACUCCAUUUGUUCGUCUUAGAAAUGCUUUUGUCUACACAUAUGGUUAUGCAAAUUGUUCUCUGUACAAGUGUUUCAUUCUAACCUGCUAGUUUGUGCAAGUCACAAUGAUUUGUAAA